GAGCGUCUUCUGCUUUCUUUACUGCCUGCUCACAUUGCCAUGGAAAUGAAAGCAGAGAUCAUUCAGAGGCUACAAGGUCCGAAGGCAGGGCAGCUGGAAAACACCAACAACUUCCACAACUUGUAUGUCAAAAGGCACACCAACGUCAGCAUCUUGUAUGCUGAUAUCGUGGGGUUCACUCGCCUGGCCAGUGACUGCUCACCUGGGGAGCUGGUGCACAUGCUAAAUGAGCUGUUUGGCAAGUUUGAUCAGAUUGCAAAGGAAAAUGAAUGUAUGAGAAUUAAAAUCUUAGGUGACUGCUAUUACUGUGUUUCUGGACUACCUAUAUCUCUUCAAAAUCAUGCCAAGAACUGUGUGAAAAUGGGACUGGACAUGUGUGAAGCCAUUAAGAAAGUGAGAGAUGCAACUGGAGUUGAUAUUAAUAUGCGUGUAGGAGUGCACUCUGGGAACGUGCUGUGCGGUGUCAUUGGGCUGCAGAAGUGGCAGUACGAUGUGUGGUCGCAUGACGUUACUCUGGCCAAUCACAUGGAAGCUGGAGGAGUCCCAGGCCGUGUUCACAUCACCUCAGUCACCCUGGCACAUUUGAAUGGAGCUUACAAAGUGGAAGAUGGGGAUGGAGAUGUGAGGGACCCAUAUCUGAAAGAGCAUAAUGUUAAGACUUACUUUGUAAUCAAUCCUAAGGGAGAGAAGCGAAGCCCUCAGCACCACAUUCGACCUCGGCACACUCUUGAUGGACCCAAAAUGAGAGCUUCUGUCCGCAUGACCCGGUACCUGGAGUCUUGGGGAGCAGCCAAGCCAUUUGCACACUUGCACCACAGGGACAGCAUGACCACUGAAAACGGCAAGAUAAGCACAACAGAUGUUCCCAUGGGACAAUAUCAUUUUCAGCGCUGCAGAGAGAGAACGAAAUCACAGAAAAGGAGGUUUGAGGAGGAACUGAAUGAGAGGAUGAUCCAGGCUAUCGAUGGGAUCAAUGCUCAAAAGCAGUGGCUUAAAUCUGAAGACAUUCAAAGAAUAUCACUUCUUUUCUACAAUAAGACUCUGGAAAAAGAAUAUCGAGCAACUACUCUGCCUGCAUUUAAGUAUUACGUGACUUGUGCCUGCCUCAUAUUCUUCUGCAUUUUUGUUGUACAGAUUCUGGUAUUGCCAAAAACAUCUAUUCUUGGAAUUUCAUUUGGGGCUGCAUUUCUCUUGCUUUCCUUCAUUUUGUUUAUCUGUUUUGCUGGACAACUUUUGCAAUGUAGCAAGAAAGCAUCAGCUUCGUUGUUGUGGAUCCUGAAAUCCUCUGGAAUAAUUGCAAACCGUCCUUGGCCAAGGAUCACUCUUACAUUGACAACAACUGCUAUAAUAUUAACCAUGGCUGUGUUCAACAUG